CGCGCCCUGGCCGUCGGGCUCCUGGCGGCGCUGGCCUCCCUCGGCGCCGCGGCGGAGGAGGCGGGCCGGCGGUGCGUCGCCGAGAAGGUCCACGAGCACUAUGACGGCUCCGACUGCGCCGACUCGUGGCAGUGCGUGUGGGACCCCGCCGGGUGCGGCGGCGGGUGGGAGAACCCUGACCUCGACCUGGGGGUGUGGGACCCCGCGUGCGCGUGCGAGAAGGACCACCUGGGCGGCUGCCGAGAUCUCUACUUGACCACGGGGCCUCUGCGGUGGCGGCGCGCCGCGCUCUGGGGGCCAGCUGUGGCCCUGCCGUGCGCCGCGCUGGCGGGCUGGUGCGCGUGGCAGCGCGGCAGCUUCCGGGCGGGCCAGCCGCUGCACUGGUGGACGGCGCGCUACGGGGCGGGCGCGGGCCUCUUCGCGGUCCUCUUCGUCUUGCGCCCGUGGAGCGAGGGGUGCCCCGAAUGGAAUGGCAGCACCGCCAAUGUUUUCUUCUACCUCGAAACGACGGUCUUCUGUGCGCUCAAGGUCGUCUCCCAGGUCCUCGUCGCGCACAAGCUCGAGGAGCUCCGCAGCCGGAGGCUGGCCCGGGCCGUCCGCGCCCUCUCGGUGUCGGGCCUGCUGUGCAUGUCGCUGGGGGCAGCGGCAGCGUCCCUGAGCUGGGGGCACUCCCACUGGGAGUACUACGGCAUGGGCAUGGAGGCGACCGGCAAGAGCCCUGCCGUGAUCGCGCUGCUUCUCGCGGCGCUCUGCUACCUGCUGACCUGCAUCUGCGGCCUCUGGGGCCUGCUGGGCACCGUGGCGGGCGCGCCCCUCUGCGGGGGCGGGGCGCAGUGGCGCGCGGCCUGCUUCGUGAGGUUGACGGCCGCGGGCCUGGCCGUCUCGUCUGCCAGCGCCGUCCUCACGAUGUGGUAUUCGAUGGCUUCCCACAACGUCUUCUCGAACGGGGUGUCUGCCGCCGACGCGUUCAUCGACUGUCUCAUGGUGGCGCUCUUCUCAGGGUUGGUCGGGCCCGCGUCGGUGCGGGUGCUGGCGCGGGACGCCUUCUCUGCCAUCAACUCGUACACCGACGACCAGCUCCAGGCGUUCUACGAGAAGUACCUCGAAUACCUGGACAGUGCGGAGGUGAGAUGGGUGAGGUGCGGCUACCUACGGGACCUUGCCGCUUCUGGCAGCGUCAUGCCGCGAUGCCAGGAGGUGCCAGACGAGCAGGUGUUCAUCGGCAGCAGUGGUUUUCCGCUCCUCCGGAACGGGGAGAAGGACAGGUUCGUGCUCUCGCACCCCUGGUUGUCCAAGGAGCACCCGGACCCCACUGGGUCAAAAUUGAGGUUGCUUGUGCACCAGCUCGACAUGCUCCAUGCCUCCGACGCUCACGCAAUAUUCAUUGACUACAUGAGCCUGCCCCAGAACGACAAGCGGAGCCCGGAGCUGCAGCGGCUGGAAAGGGAGCAGAAGACGCCCAAGCCCGGCUCGCACCCAGCAGUCCGCACGCAGGCAGAAGAGGCACGGUUCAAGAAGGCGCUCUCGGCCAUGGAGCUGAUCUACAGCGUCGGAAAGACACCAGUCAUUGUGUUGCCCAUGGGCAGCUCCGUCGAAACAGGCAGGGAGUACAUCUCCAGAGGCUGGUGUUUUCUUGAGUUCUGCCUGUCCAUGAGCUUCGACAAUAUCGCGAAUGCCGACAUCCACUAUCCUGUAAGAUGCCUGAUGGCUGACGUCAAAAACAUGAAAGGCGAUACGGUGGACGGUUUCCGCGAGGCAUUUAAGAGCACCCACUUUACCAAUAAAGGCGAUGCCGAUGUGGUCCUCGCGCUCUUCGAACACACGCUGAAUUUGGCAUCUAGCCAAUGA